AUGGAGAAUAGACAUCGUAUAGUUGCUUCUUCUCCUGUAAAACCAAUAUUUAAAGCUAGGGCUUUCUUGGAGAAGACUCCUGGAAGAAAAUAUCAGAGAAAGAAGGAUUUCAUCAGCCCGCGAAUUGAGACUCAUCACGAACAGUCUGAUAACAAGACAUAUAACAACAAAAAACAAAACAUUAAUAUCGGAAAAAACGAGGAACUUUCUACAUCACUUCUUCAACUACAAGAAAGUAUAAAACAAAAUAUCAAUGAUACUCUCAAUGAAAUUAAUCAUGCAGCCUUAAUGAAAGAAACACGAUUAAAGCUACAAGAAGCUGUAAAUUUAGAAGAAAAAGCCAAAGAGUUGGAGAAUUCGGAAGAUCCACUCUCAUGCCUUGAUGUAUGGGAGAAGAGGCUGAAUUUAUUGGUAGAUCUUUAUGGAAAAUCAGAUAUUAAGACUGAGGACGCUUGUAAAAAAUUCAUCUUGUUAUGUAAUUCGUUUUCAAUGAAUUAUAGGGAUACACCAGAUGAAAGUAUUGGAAUAUUAAAGAGAUCCCUCCGAUACUUAGAAUUUGGAAUUGAGUUCGAUAAUAUCAGAAAGAUGAAAUCAAUGACAUUGAACAAUAUCAGUUUUGUCUUCAGAAUUAAGAAUAUGUUUGAAGAGGCUCUUGAAUUUGCUCAGAGAGCCUUCUCUAUCGAGAUUGAUCUUCCUGUUGAAGAGAAUGGAGUGGGAUUGGCCGACUCUUACCUCAAUAUUGGAGCAAUUUUAUCAAAACUUGGAAAACACAAACAAUCCCUAGCUCAUGCAAACACUGCCCUUGAGAUAUUACUCUCCCUCCAGAAAAAUGAAUCGAUAGGCAUUUCGAACAAGGAGCGAUCGCCAUUAAUAUCACACGAUGCUCUCUAUUCAAGUAUUGUUGUUGCUCACAAUAACAUUGCUGUAGAGUUGGAACACUUGAUGGAAAUUUCAAAAGCAGCCAUGUUUCAUGAAAAGGCUCUUACUAUUUCAAUUAACAAACUAGGAUCUGAGCAUGCAGUAACUAAGCGAAUGGAAAAUGUGCAUGAAAGGUUUAUCAAUGAUUUCAAGGAUGCUCAAGAAAUUGAAAAAAUGUUAAGCCAGAAGAAUAAGCAGAAACAAAAACCUGUCAAGGAACAACCUUCAAAAGAAGAAAAUCCUAAAAUACCUCCAACUUCAGUCGCCAAUCAAAAGGCAGUUGUACCAACAUUAGAUUUAAGUGUUUUGAAUAAGCCAACUCCAACCCGUAGAAGAUCACAACUUGAAUCUCCUCCAUCUCAUUUGAGUCUACCAAUGGAAUCACCAAUUCUUAAAUCUCAAAAUACUUCAUUAGGAACGAGUAUGGUCCUUCAUGAAUUGAAUAAUAUUCUGCUGAGUUAA